AUUGCAAAUAUCCUGCUGGAUGGCAGAUGCUUAUGGGCAUUUUAAGAAAGCGGAACAUCUGUGUGAAGGAAGACUUGCUUUAGUCAAACGGAUUGAUUCACAACAAAUGGACAAAGACAAGCUGUUAAUUUCAUUAAUAGAUGUAGGCAAAGUUCGCAUCAAAUUGUCCAAUCCACAGGAAGCCGAAAGGCCGCUGAAGGAAGCGUUGGAGAUGAGUAGAGAAUGUGGUGGUCAAAUAGAACCAAGUAUUCAUUAUUAUGCUUUGUCUUUCAUGGCUGAUUGCUACAGAGAUUUGCGUCAGUUUGAAACAAGUGAGCAGCUCUAUUUGGAAUUACUCGAAUAUGUAGAACAACAAGAAUUGGGUCAAGGAAACGUCUAUAGAGUUCUGAACAAUCUGGCAUGGACAUACCAGGUAUGGGGCAAUGUAUCUGCGGCAAUAGAGAACUAUGAAAAGAGUUUGAGUUUGAUGAGAAAACAGUCAAAUGUCAAUCCGUUGGAUCUCUCUGCAGUUAUCACGAAUCUUGCAUCUCGCUAUGAACAGAAUGGACAACUUGAGCGAGCUGUCUCCUAUUACGAAAAAGCGUUGGCAAUCAUCAGAAAGGAAUUACCGCCUUCUCAUCCGUCUUUAGCUCGGGUAAUGAGUAGUCUGUCUUCUUGCUACCUUCAGCAAGACCGGAUGGACCGUGCGAUGCCGUUGGCCAAUGAAGCCUUACAACGGGCAUCAUCAUCGCUGCCCAUCAACCAUGCCGAGUUGGGCGAUUAUUUGCAAGAAGCUGCUUUAUGCCAUCGCGAUUCACGAUCGUAUGAUGAAGCUAUUCGAUUGUAUGAAAGAGCUGCAUAUGUUUACAGUCAUCAUCUGCCCGUACAAGCAACAUCUUUGUCUACUGUGAAACAUAACCUCUCCGUCGUGUAUAAUGAUAUUGGACAGAAAGACAAAGCGGUGGAACUCAUGACAGAAAGUCUUAACAUCAAGAUACAAACUUUACCAGAGAAACAUCCGGAUAUUGCUAAAUCUCUCGUGACUCUUGGCGGCAUUCUGCGUUCCAAGGGAGAUUUCGAUGAGGCCGUUGUGCAUAUCGAGUCAGGUCUGUCUAUUCUACGAGAAAAAUUACCGACUAGUCCGUUCAUAGCCGAUGGUCUGUAUCAUCUUGCAUUCAUUGAAAUGAAACGAAACCAAUUGGUAGAGGCACAUAGCCACGCCACUGGAUGUUUACGCUUACGCCAACAGAUUUUCCGAAACAAACACACAAUGAUAGUUGAAGCGCAAGAUUUGGUUGACGAAAUCGACAAGAAGCAACAAUGAGCAGUCAACACCAACAGUAUGACAGCUACUAAUCAACACCACAUGCAUGUGGCAGUGACGUUUUAUGUAGUAGAGGAUUUCUAUUCUAGUUGUUAGUUAUAGAUGGUUAGUCACGGCCAGUGUGACAUGUUGUCGUUGCUAUGGUUGUGUAUCAAUUGCUUUUAACGUUUUCGCCACAUUUUUUAUUGUUAUUACUGCGAUCUAUCUUUGUCUUAUUUGUAUUAUGACUAGAAUAUUGUAAUAUCAAUAAUGAUCUAUUUUAAAGUGUAAAGUUAUCAUUAAAACAGCAAGUACAC